GGCGAGUGCUCGCGAAGGAGAGAAAGGAAGAGCAGAGGAAGCCAAGCGGAGCAGAGUUGAUUACUCCCACCGCGCCACCACCACCACCACGUCGUCUCCACCUCCGACCGAAUCCGUCCUCGCCAAGCCACCAUCAUUGCGCCACCGCCGCCUCGCUAGUUUCUUACUCCUCCCCCGCGAGCUACUGCUGCCGUCGUGGCCGGCUGGCUGGCUAGCUUCUCGCCAAAGCCUUCCUUCUUCUACUGGAGUUGAGUGGAGUGAGCGCGCCACCCACAGCCACGCCCGCCCCCAUUAAAGGCGCUCACGCGGCACCGCCACCUCCAUUCCUCCACGAGAAAGAGAGACUGCGUGCGUGCUCCAUUCCUCCCCUCACGGGAGCAGCAGCAAAGGCCGCCAACGCCCAGCCACGCCGCACCGCGCGCCUUUAAAGAAGGGGAGGACGGCGCGCCACCUUAAAGAUUCCCACGCCGCAAGCUCGCUCUCCCGCCACGAGGUUGAUCGGUGCUUUUAAUUCUUCCUUCUUGCAGAAGGCCUCUUCCGCUCCAUUGCAAGCUUGAACCGAGGUGCUUUCGUGGGGAUGGCGCGGCUCGGCGCUGUCGUCGUGGUGUUCUUGGCGGCCGCGCUCGCGGCGGAGGGCAUUCUUGACCCGGUGGACUUCCUCGCGCUGCAGGCGGUGCGGCGGUCGCUCGACGACAUGCCGGGUUCCGCCUUCUUCGACGCCUGGGACUUCACGGCGGACCCCUGCGGCUUCCCCGGCGUGUACUGCGACGGGAACAGGGUGUCGGCGCUCGCGCUCGGCGACCCGCGGGCGGGGUCGCCGGGGCUGACCGGGAGGCUCGACCCGGCGCUCGGCCGGAUGUCCGCGCUCACCGAGCUAUCGCUCGUGCCCGGCCGAGUCCAGGGCGAGCUCCCGGCUUCCCUCGCCUCCUGCUCCAACCUCCGCUUCUUGGCCGUCAGCAAGAACCUCCUAUCCGGCGGGAUACCGGACGGCAUUGGCGCGCUGUCCAACCUCCGGACGCUCGACGUCAGCUUCAACCAGAUCUCCGGCGCCAUCCCGCCGUCCAUUGCGUCGCUGCCGUCGAUCACCAACCUCAUCCUCUGCCACAACCAGCUCACCGGUGGCAUCCCGUCGUUCCCGGACUCCUCGCCGCUCCUCCGGAUGGACCUCAAGCACAAUGCCCUCUCCGGCGGCGUGCCCAGCCUGCCGGGCUCGCUGCAGUACCUCUCGCUCGCGGCGAACCGUCUCACCGGCAACGUCGACUCCGUGCUGCCCCGGCUGACUCGGCUCAACUACCUCGACCUCAGCAUGAACCAGCUCCAGGGGCCGAUCCCGGCGUCCGUCUUCACAUUGCCGCUCUCCGUGCUCCAGCUUCAGCGCAACUUCUUCUCCGGCCUCCUCCAGCCGACGAGCGACGUGACGAUCCCGGUGGUGGACCUGAGCUACAACCGGUUCUGGGGGCCUCUGUCGCCGCUCCUGGCGGGCAUUGGGCAGCUGUACCUGAACAACAACCGGUUCACCGGCGAUGUGCCGUCGCGGCUGGUGCAGGAGCUGGUGGGAACCGGCGGGCUGCAGCUGCUGUACCUGCAGCACAACUUCCUGACCGGCAUCGAGAUAUCGCCGUCGUCGUCGCUCCCCUCCGGCGUCUCGCUCUGCCUGAUGUACAACUGCAUGGUGCCGCCGGUGUACGCGCCGUGCCCGAUCAAGGCCGGCACGCAGAACACCCGGCCGGCCGACCAGUGCCCGGAAUGGAGGGGCUGACAUGGAUGGCUGCUCUCAGAAGCCACGACAACACGAUUGCCGCCGGAUCGCCUCUGAUCGGGGAGGAGGAGCAAGGACAAGAAUGGAGGAGAUUGCAAACGGUGGUCUCUGAUUCUUUGAUUAAAUUUGUCCAGUUUACUAGCGUUUUACUGUGGAUUAUUAUUCUUUUUGUUGGGGGAGGGGAUAGCAAUGUCACAGACAGAAGAAGUUGGUGCUUUAAUAAUCGUGGUUUAUAGGUGUAAUUUUUUGUCUAGCUGAUGUAAGUGUAUGUGCUUGUGUCUCUGUUGUAUAGACAGCGAGUGAGUAAGUGGUGAACAUUGGGUCUUGAUGUUGUCCUGACGAUGAGAUGGUGGUGUUAGGAUCAGUGGUGUUUUCUAUGAUGAUCAUCAAAUAUGGCAAUGCGGCAAGCGUUCGCUGUCUAAAUUGUACGUACGAUGUUGUACGAGAUUGAAUGAAAAUGAUGAACAAUGGUUACAAGCUUA